UUAUUAAAUAGAAAACGUCCUAAAUGAAAACGAAAGGUUUGGCCACACUAUCGAAAAAAUAUGUAUACAAUUAAAUGAAAUUAAAAUAAAAGUUUUGGAUGUUAAGGCAGCACUAUGAGUAUUGGCGACGUUGAGUACGAAUACGUUGUGUUAAAAAUAAAUGGUUACGAUGUUAGUCAUUUGUCGAGGUAUGAAGCGGUUCAAAAGUUCCUUCAAGCUAAAGAAACCAUUGUUGUUGAAUUAUGCCGACAGAAAAACAAUGCAUUAGAUUUAGAAUUAAAACAAGGCUCCAAUGCCAAAAUAUCAAAAUUAGAUAAACCCGAAGAACUUUCUGUCCUAACUGAAAAUUCAGCAGAAGCGACGAUCACAACUAUCAGUGCCUCCCAAGAAAAAAAAGGACAUCCAUCAACACCUUUGAAAGGAACCGAGACGAAAACUCCCGUCGUUUUGACUCUACGGGCUAGAAGUCACGAUGAUCGUUUGGGCGGUUCACAAGCAGCAUCAAAGGAAACUCAAACCCAAACAAUCGUGGACACGGACGUGUCUCUAAAGGAUAGAGAUUUGGUUCACACGAUUACCGACAACUUCAUAGAGCAUGAACACCACUUGUUUGAACAAUGCUUGGAACCGGAAAUUGAAAUUGAGGAAGUAACGCUUAUUAAAGGUGUUGAGCAUUCAAGAAGCAAUCAAAUUGGGCUCAUUGUUACCUCUUCUGGGCUUCAGCAAUCAAGCAUCGACUCGAAUAAAGGUGACAUACUGCGUAACAACGUAGAACAGAGUGAGGACGUGUUCAUUAGUGGUGUACAACCGGAAAGUAUAGCCUAUCGAGAUGGGCGCCUGCGACAGGGUGACCAGAUUCUUCGUAUUAACGGCUUGGAUGUCAAAAACCAGGAGGAGUUCGAAACCCAGAUAGCCGGGAGUAGUACAUCAGUAACCCUACUAGUUAGUCGAAUUCUAUACCCUGAAGACGAUGAUGACGAAGAUAUACAUUUUGAGUAUGCUAAUACAUUUCUGCCAGAUGACUAUACAAAUGUAGUGGAUAAGUUGGAUAAGGUUUUAUUAACUCACGUCCAGUCUAUGGAAGAACUAUCCCAUGAAUCCGCCAUCCAAUCUGACAAAUGCUAUCAAAUACCAUCAGAACAGAACUCGUCUGAUUCAAAUGUUAAAAUGUCAUUGUCGAAUAAUAUCAUUGAACAAUCUACCAAGUCGUGUAAUAAAAUUAAGCUUCGCCCGAAUGCAAACUUUGAUUACCGAAAAAGCUUCAAUCAAUCUUUAAGCCAAAAUGAAGUUCAUCUGCAAUAUGAAUACGACGAAAGCGAGCACAUUUACGAGACCAUUCCAGAAGAUUCUGAAAGUGAACCACUAUAUUGUUCACCGUACCAACGUUCAAACGGCAAGACGUCGAUAGAUUCUUGUUCAUCGAGAACGGUCGAAACAUUAGAAACAACAAUGCAACAACAAACUCAAAGAGUGGCCCAGUGGUUGGGCUUGAAGCCACAAUACCCGAAAACUAGACACACUCUAGUUGGUCGACCCCCGCCGUUGAAACUAGUACAGCAACCUACUUGUAGUCGUGUUUUUACCCUACGGAGCACAUUAACCAACACAAGCGGAUCCAGCAGUAGUGGAGUGGCAUACAGCGCUUAUGGACCAAAUAAUGUUGUUAUUGGAAACCCUGCAGCUCUUGGCGAAGAGGUCGAUAACUCCUCAAGUGCCUACAACACUGGUGGCUCAAAUAAUAGCGUUUCUCCCCAUCAAAACACAACAAAUCCUGAUGAUGGUAUCGCCACAGGUCGCAAACUUGAAAGUACAGCUAUUAAUGGCCACAAUGAUCACUUGGAAUCCACAGCUGUAAGCAGUAUGCUGCUAUUACCAUUCGGCAAGUCUGGCCGUAUAGGUCUCUGUUCUUCCAAUCUGCCAACAGCAUAUGUCAGCGAGAAGCAACACAACGUUGGCUUCGAAAAUGAAAACAAUUCACUUAAAAGUGACAUUGAAAUACUAAGAGUUAAACAAACUGAGGAUUCCUGUAGCCAUUGUCCACAGUUUAACGCCCCAAAUUUAAGUAGUUACCACUUUGUUAGUAGUCAAGAGGUUGCAAACAGAUGCCAUAUUUCAACAAGCUUACAACAAAAUUCUCCAUUGCUUAACGGUAAAAGUGGUGAGGACAUUCCCAUGGUAUGGAAGGUUAAAAGACGACCAGAUGGAACGCGGUACAUAGUUAAACGCCCAGUACGUAAUCGACCGCAAGUUGCGAUUCGAAAAAAUAUGCGCUGCAACGAGUUUACAACAACGGAGGAGGAUACAGUAUCAGAAGUAAAAAUAGGUCGGUAUUGGACGAAAGAAGAACGUAAGCGGCACAUCGAACGGGCUCGAGAGAGGCGGCAUCAUCAGACGCAGCCACAGCAACAAUAGCCAUAGUAACACUUUCCUCUUGUACUAUUUAAAUAUUACAUAGCUUUAACUACAGUCUUAAGAACACAAAUGGGAUUCACUGUCCAAAAA